AUGGUGUUAAAAGAUCCUAAUAAAUUUGAUGACAUAGAUGUUAACAAAAAGCACCGCCCACGCGCCAGCGGUCGUAAAGCGCAGAAAAAAUGUCCACGAGAGUCAGCAAUAGAAAACAAUCCUAAGGCAUUUGCUGUCCAACACACAACUAAAGCAUCACGCCUAGUCCAACGUACGCUUGAUCAUCAGACUAAAAGACAUCAUUUAUUACAAUCCAAAUAUGUUUCGGCUGUUUCUCCACCAUAUAUAGUUGCAAUCGUCGGACCUCCAAAAUCAGGCAAAAGCACUCUUCUCCGUGGAUUAAUAAAACACUUUGCACACCUAUCAGUCGGUGUCAUUAAAGGUCCGGUGACUGUAGUAGUCGGUAAAAAGGAAAGAUUUACUUUCAUUGAGUGUGGGUGUGAAAUUAACAGUAUGUUAGAUGCUGCGAAGAUCGCUGAUGUCGUUUUGUUACUCGUUAACGUCCGUGCAGGACUGGAAAUGUAUCAUUUUGAAUUCAUCAAUAUGAUACAAGCUCAUGGAAUGCCGAGAGUUGUUCCUGUUUUGAAUCACUUAGAUACAUUUAAGGAUUCUAGCUCUUCUCGUGCACUUCGAAGAAAAAUUAAACAUCGCUUAUGGACCGAUCUUAACUCCAAAAUAUUUCUCCUCUCACGUUUUCAAGCAAAAAGAUUUCCCUCUCAUACACCAGAUAAACAAAAUGCAGGCGACACUCCAGGUGAUUAUUUGCUAAAUGAAGUCAGACGUUUGGCUCGGUUAAUAAUGGUCAAAACGCCUCGCCCUUCAGAUUGGCGUAGCUCUCAUCCUUACUUACUAAUUGAUCGAAUAGAAGAUGUAACGGACAACAAAACGUCCAACAACAUGAAUAAUGACCGUUGUAUAAGUUUGUACGGGUGGGUUCGUGGUGCCCCCUUACCACCAGCAUUGACAUCUCCUGGGAUACACAUUGCAGGACUUGGUGAUUUUGCUUUAGUUGAAUGCACUCAACAGCCUGAUCCCUGCCCAUUACCGGGUAUGUUCACUCAUUCUAACGGUACUGAUCCUGUGAAAACAACAAGACAUUUGUCUGAACGUGAUCGAAAAAUAUAUGCUCCAAUGUCGAGUCUCGGUGGUGUUCUGUUCGACCGGGACGCGACAUAUAUUGAUCUUGGAGGCAGUCACUAUCUAACUAAUCGUAAAUCUCGACAUGGAAAUAAUCAAACACAAAAUGUUAGUCAGUCUAUGUUAGAUGAAUUACAUGCAACUUUCAAUGAAGUUGGUGGGUUGGAUGAGCGAUUAAAUAAAACACAUAAGGUUCGUAUGGUCAGCAAUGCACCAUUUCUGUCUGCAGAAGAAAUAGCGGAUGAUCAUGAUGGUUUUCAUAAUCUAAACAAUUCGAUGAAUGAUGUUACAAUGGAAGAACCAAAUGAUAUGAACACUGACAAGUGUACUGAUGAAAUACGUGUAUUUUCAGAAGAGCCUAUUGCAGGAUUUCUUGUCCCGGCUGGAUUUCAGGAAAAUGGAAACGUCCAAAAGAAGAACCAAGAUCCGUCAGUGUCGAAAAGUGCACAUAUGCAAGUAAAACAAAUUUUAGAUGAUAUUGAAUGGAAAUCCACAACCGUCUCCUUAGUCAACUGGAACCGUAUUGUUUAUGGUAUAAAUAAUGAUGCAAAUGAAAAUCCCCUUAAAAGUUCUAACCAACCAAUCAUUGGAGAUCAUGAUUUUACUCUUUGUUCAAUUCACAAAUCAACUGUAUUAUCAUGGGAGGAUUCAUCAUCUCAUAAUUUAAUUCGUAAUCUAUUUACCACUGGUCAUUGGGGUGAGAAUGAAGAUGCUCGAACACUGUUGGAAAAAGAUGCUAAAGCACGAGAAGAAUUAAAAAUGAAUGAGGCUAAAAAAUAUGCUGCCGCAUCUGGUAGUCGUGUACAGCAUACUUACCAUGGAAAGCAAUCAUUUUAUGAUAAUGAUUCAGAUGAUUUUGAAGGAGUGGAAAACAAUUCCGAUAACAGUGGUGAUGAUGAUGAUGACGAUGUUAAUGAUAGUGAAUCGAAUAAUGAUGAAGAUGGUUAUAAUCAGGAGUCAGACGAUGAAAAUAUUUUCCAUGAUUCAAACUCUGAGGACGAAAAUAAUCCAAGUAACAAUAAAGGUAUUGCAUCAAAGGACUUGGCAAAUUUGGAAAGUGAAUACGAUAAGAAUCUACUACGACCAACUAAACGACAGAAAUUAUUAGAGAAAAGACAACGUCAUAAAGCUUUAUUUAACCAACUCUAUGAGGAAGCUGGUGGUGGUCCUGAAGCUACUGCAUUCUAUGAUAAACUUGUUGCUACACGUGAAGCACAACAAGCAUUAAAUAGAGAAGUUUUAAAAAGUUUACCUGAAGAAGUUGUUAAUCGUUUAGAGGGUUUUCCACCUGGAGUUUAUGUUCGAAUUGAAAUUAGAGGUGUUCCACAACAAUUUCUGACACGAUUUGAUCCCUGUCAACCAUUAGUUGCUGGUGGCUUAUCCAGUGCUGAAGAAGCUUUCGGUUAUUUACAAAUUCGUUUUCGUACACAUCGUUGGCUUAAACGUGUUCUCCGUUCAAAUGAUCCAUUAACAGUAUCAAUUGGUUGGAGACGAUAUCAAACUGUUACAGUAUUUUCACAAGAAGAGCAUAAUUUACGUAAACGUUUCCUAAAAUAUUCACUACCACACGAACAUUGUCUAGCAACUAUUUAUGGUCCAUUAGUACCACCAAAAACUGGAGUAAUUGCUUUUGUGAAUUCUUCUUGGCAGUCAAUUGAUGAUCCAAAAAAUCCACAUUUGCCAGCUUUUCGUGUCGCUGGUACUGGCAGUGUUAUUGAUACUAAUCAAUCAUUUCAAAUCAUGAAAAAAUUGAAAUUAAUUGGUGAACCAUUCAAAAUUUUUUCAAAAACCGCAUUUAUUCGCGGUAUGUUUAAUAGUCCUUUAGAAGUGAGUAAAAUGAUUGGUUGUCGUAUACAAACUGCUUCGAAAAUACGAGGUUUAGUUAAAGCUGCAUUAACUAAUCCAUCAACAUCGAAACCUGGUGAUUUUCGUGCUACAUUUGAAGCACAAAUUAGGAAAGCUGAUAUAGUUUUCUUGAGAACAUUUUUCGCUGUUGAACUGCCCAAAUAUUAUAAUCCAGUUCUUAAUAGACUUUUACCUAUUGUUGGAGAAAAAGAUACAAAUACUACAGGUUGGCGCUUACUUCGUACAUUAGGUGAACUUAAAUGGGAAGCUGGUAUCAAAACAGAAUGUAAUCCAGAUUCACAGUAUAAACCUAUAAAUCGUCCAGUACACAUUACAGCACCUUUACGUAUACCAACCAAACUGGCCGCAGCACUUCCAUUUGCGUAUAAACCUAAGCCAUCACGUAAAGAAGCAUUAGCUAUGCUUGGUGGAGAUCCUGUAAAAGCUGCUUUAAAUGCUGAAAUACCUGCUCCAGUUAAAACUGCUGAUGAAAUGGAAUCUGAGUCAAGACAAGAAUUAAUUAUGCGCCUACGUCAAUUACACUCAGAUUUUAUGCAACGCCAAAAAGAGAAAAUGAUUAAUCGUGUAACAAAACACAAGAAACAAUUAGCUAAAGAAAAUGCCAUUAAAGCUGCUAAUGAACGUAAAAGACGAAAACAAUAUUUUGCUCGUAGAUCAUCCCGUGGCGGUAAACGUGCUCGUCGAUCAAAUGGUGAAGACUAA